UAUAAACACCUCUCUCUCUCUCUCUCUCUCCUCGGUUUAGUGAUAAAUAUAAAGCGUGUUGAAGUGAAACCGCGGUCAUAUUCACUGAUAUUCAGUCGGUGUUAAUGUAAAAUCUCAGGUUAGCUCGAAGAUACAGUACCGUUCCGGGCUGUUUUUAUUUUUAUUUAGCUUCAGAGAAGCUUGGGUUUAACUCGACGCCUUUAAAAACACCCCAAGCUAGCACUGCUAGCAGGCAGGUUAGCCUAGCUGUGGGCAUCAUUCACGGAUUGGGAAGAAAUUCACACGGAUUCCUGAAGAAAACGGUUUGCUGUCCAAACGAGAUCACAUGGGAUUACCUUUCACAGCGUCACUCUGACAGUUGAUGGAUUCCUAUGACGACGAUGAUAACCGUAUGAUGGAAUCAGAACAGAGUGUCCAAGUGUCCCACCGCAGUAACCGGAAAGACUCGGCUUUGUCAGGAAAACGGAAUGGGAAGUACCAUGAGAAUAAUGAGAGCUCAAUAGAGAAUCGAGCCCGCACCAGGACACGAGAGCGGAACCGGGAUCCUGAUAAGGAUCAGAUUUCUGAUGGAGACCAGAGUAGUGCCUCGUUCUACUCGGAUGAUUAUGAGAACUCCUCGCUGUCUGACAGGUCCUUCUCACCACGGUCUCCUUCUCCACCACACAGAGGAGCUAGGAAACAGACAGUCUCUAGCAGCCCUCUACACCCAACAGGAGUGCGUAAGAGUAUACCUCGGCGUCCGGGUCCCCAGGCCCUACCUUCUCAGCAGCGCUCCAGCGGUCUGCGCUCUCAGAGCCUCAGUAAAGAUGCUCCUCCCAAAGACCUGGACCUGGUCACGAAGCGGCUACUGUCUGCCCGUCUGCUGAAGAUCAGCGAGUUGAAGAAUGCACUGGCUGAGCUGCAGCUGCACACCGACGAGCUACAGCGAGAAAACCGUCUAUUGAAGCAGAUUCAGCUGCGCCACGAGAAGGCGCUGCACCGCUACAGCGACACGGAGAGCGAGAUCUCACAACUCAUCUCGCGUCACAACAAUGAGACGCACACCCUGCGAGAGAGGCUGCGGCGCAGUCAGGAGAAGGAGCGUAUGGCCGAGCGCCGCUGCACGGAGGCAGAUGCACAGCUCCAGCGUUGCCGAGACCAGCUGCACAAACUGCAGAAGCUCGCAGAUGACCAGCGUCUCGGAGAAAGAGAUGAGCUGGCACGCAAGCUCAUGCAUGCACAGGCCAAAGGGCAGGAGAGUGAGCGCAGAGUGAAGGAAUUGGAGAAGAAUAUGGAGUUGAGUACAGGGAGCUUUCAGAGGCAGCUGGCAAGCGAGCGGAAGAAAACCCAUGAUGCCCUACAAGAAACCCAAACACUGCGGGAAGAAAUGGACAAGCUAAGUGACAAACUAAAGGAGAGAGAAAGGGAGCUGGACACUAGGAACAUUUAUGCUAAUCGAAUGCUGAGAGGGGCUUCAAAGAAGGAUUUAGAAGACUCCAGUAGGAGGAAAGGUGCCAUUAGAAGCAGCAGUAAAGCAGUACAGACUGAAGACAGGAAGCUCUCUCAAGACUUCCUGUCUUCUCCUCUUGCCAUCACUAAUGGCAGUGUGUUUUCCUGCGAUGAUCAGAAGGAUGACUACCUGUCUCUGAAGGAGCAGCAAAGCAGUGAGCAGAGACAGAGGGAAGCAGAAGAGCAAAGGAUUCAGGAGACGGCAAGGGAGCAAGAGGAAGAAAGCGCAUGGGAGAUGAAGGAACAGGAGAAGGACAGACUGAAGGAACGAGAGAGAGAAAUUGAAAAAGUGAGAGAAGCAGUGAAGAAGCAGAGAAAUUUUGAGUUCCACCUGAAGGAAGAAAGAGAGACAAGACAAAGAGAUGGGUGGGACCAAGAUGAAGAGGACAGGAAGAAGCGGAGUGAGUGGCAGACUGAGGAAGAGAAGGGUAAAGAGCCACACUUGAGCAAACAGGAGAUCCAGGCUAAUCAGGAGCGUUCAGAGGAAGAGCGCCGACGCAAAGACCAACUUUUGGCCAAAAUGCAUGAGAUUGACAUGCAAGCUCAGGCACAGGAUUCCAGCUUCUUCCGUGAUGAAACAGAAAGUACUCGCACUCCUCCUCGGAAUCGGAACACCUCCAUCUUCAGCUUCACAGAGCCUCAUGAAUAUUUGAGCACACCCAAGACCGGGAAAAGGGGUGGAGCUCUGAGAUCACAGAAAACCAAUCAGGAUCUUGACCUCACCUUUGGCAGCUAUGCUCCAUCGUUUGGUAAACCUGCCCCACAAGCAGGUCUUGGACACUGGAGCCCGAGCCAGACUGUAGACCAGUCAUCAGGAGACGAGAAAGAAGGGAUGGACUUCAGUGGACAUGUGAAGGAGAAAAAGUCCAACCUCAUGCAGCAGUUGUUCGGAUCUGCAGCCUUGUCUGCACCGCGUGAGUCACCCAGCAAGAUGGAGCUCCUGAGCUCUUCUAGCACAAAACCUUCAUCAAGUGGACGGAGAAGAGACCCAGAGACUCCCAACAGGCUUAAUAGGACCACGCUACACAUCAGUGAGGGUGGCCUGGCUGUUAGGGCCAUUACAACACUUGAUGAUGAUAUUGAGGAACUCGCGCUUUGAAGAAGCAUCUCAUUGAGAAUUUAUUUUCUGAAGUAUAAAGAGUGAGGGAUGAGGAAGUUUGCAUACUUUUGUAGACAAUUGAUUCCUUCUUUUAGAUACAAACCAAGCUCAGGUUGUACCAAGCUGCAGAGGUAAUCAUUGAAGUAAACAUCCAUCCAUCCAUCCAUCCAUUAUCUGUAGCCACUUAUCCUGUCCUACAGGGUCGCAGGCAAGCUGGAGCCUAUCCCAGCUGACUAUGGGCGAGAGGCAGGGUACACCCUGGACAAGUCGCCAGGUCAUCACAGGGCUAACACAUAGAUGCAGACAACCAUUCACACUCGCAUUCACACCUACGGUCAAUUUAGAGCCACCAAUUAGCCUAACCUGCAUGCCUUUGGACUGUGGGGGAAACCGGAGCACCCGGAGGAAACCCACGCGGACACGGGGAGAGCAUGCAAACUCCACACAGAAAGGCCCUCGCCGGCCGCUGGGCUUGAACCCAGGACCUUCUUGCUGUGAAGCGACAGUGCUAACCACUACACCACCGUGCCGCCCUGGAGCAAACAUUUCAUUAUAUAACGUUAUGUUGCAUUACAUUACGUGGCAUUUAGCAGACACUCUUAUCCAGAGCGACAUACAAGAAGUGCAGAAGUCAGGUACAAGAAGUGCUGAACUUCUAGACAAGAAAAUUCUAGUGCCAACCGAACAAGUGACAGAAUAUCACUUAGUGUAAUAUUCUGUUGAAGUACCAAUACUCAAACAGCCAAGGAAGCAAACCAACCAUACAAAUGAACUGACAGAGGAAAAACUCCAACGGCUAACCCCAGACUAGACCAUACACAGCCUGGGUUGGUCUAGACCAAUACGCAGUUACACAGUGGGCACGGAAGCAGGGGAGAGGCACAGCCUGAAGAGUUGAGUUUUCAGUCUGCGCUUGAAGGUGGUCAGGGAGUCAGCAGUUCUGACCUCAGUGGGAAGGUCAUUCCACCAAUGGGGAGCCAGGACAGACAGCAGUCUUGAGCGGGCUGGGCAGGAGUGGAGAGGAGGAGGAGGGGCCAGGCAACUUGAUAGUAGUGGCAUGUAGGGAUCUGGCUGGCGUGUAGGGGUGGAUCAGACUCUGGAGGUAUGCUGGCCCUUACCCCUAAUGCCUGGUAAACUAGCACCAAUGUCUUAAAUUUUAUAUCGGCUGCGAUUGGUAGCCAGUGCAGGUUGGCAAGCAGAGGAGUGACAUGGGAAGAACGAGGGAGGUUUAGACCAGGUGAGCUGCAGCGUUCUGGAGUAAGGAGAGAGUUGCAGUAGUUCAAGCGGGAGAGAAUUAGUGCUUAGACUUAGGUGGUGAGGAAAGGUCGGCUCUUUCAGAUGUUGUAGAGGAGAAAUCAACAUGUCCGGGUCACUGCAGCGAUGUUCACUGAGGAGGGAGAGUCUGUUGUCGAACACGACCCCAAGGUUCUUCGCACUGGGUGAAUGUGACCUAGAGAUGGUCCCCCAGGGAGAUGACAAUGUCCAUGGGUGGAGAGGAUGGUGCAGGAAUGUAGAUCACCUCUGUCUUUUUUCUGGGUUGAGCUUCUGGUGAUGGUUGUCCAUCCAGCUCUGGAUGUCACACAGGUAAUCAGAAAUGUGAGCAGAUAUCUGUGUGUCAGAAGGAGGAAAAAGAGAAACAGUUGGGUGGCAUCAGCAUAGCAGUGGUAGAAUGGACCAUGAGCAGAGAUAAUUGGACCGAGAGACUGGGUGUACAGGGAGAAGAGAAGUGGACCAAGGACUGAACCAUGAGGGGCACCAGUGGUAAGUGGGCGGAGUGCCGAUACAGUACCAAACAGGUAACCUGGAAGAAGCAACUGGAGAGGUAGGACUUGAACCAGUCUAGGGCUGUCCUGCAGAUCCUCUGAGCUGAUAGGGAUGACCGGAGGAUGGAGUGAUCAGCAGUGUCAAAUGCAGCAGAAAGGUCAAGGAGAAUCAGGACAGAGGAGAGGGAGGCGACAAAUGCUGCAUGAAGGGUCUCACUGAUGGAGAGAAGCGCAGUUUCAGGUGAGUGUCCAGCUCAGAAAGCUGAACUGGUGAGGAUCCAGGAGGUUGUUCUGUGAGAGAAAAGAGGAUAGUUGGUUAGCAACAGCAUGUUCAAGCAUCUUUGAUGGGAACGGGAGAAGAGAAACUGGGCGGUAGUUCUGGAUGACAGAGGGGUCUAGGGUGUUUUUUUUUUUUUUUUCAGCAGAGGAGUGAUGUGGGCCCAUUUGAAGCUGGAGGGAAAGUAUCUGGAGGACAAGGAGGAUUUGACAAGGAAGGUGAUAAAUGGGAGCAUGUCAGGAGUGAUAGUCUGGAGAAGAGAUGAGGGAAUAGGGUCAAGGCCAUAGGUAGUAGGAUGGUGAGAGAGCAGGAGCUGGGAGACAUCAGAAGUGGAAAG